AGCAGUAUGACAGAACCAUCUGUCUGAGUCUGAAGUGUGAAGACCACCAUAUCCACCAGAAAACCCAGGAUGGAUCUCCACCAAAGCACCACAGUCAGGCUCCUGCAGAAAUGGUGUUCCCACGAGUCACCAUUUGGCUGCAGGAGACAUUAUAAUACCAGGAGAAAACUAAAGCUAAUUCGAGUCAUCGGCCUCGUCAUGGGCCUGGUAGCUGUGAGCACUGUCCCAUUUUCAAUCAGUGCCUUUACUAAGACAGACUCUCAGAGCAACAGAGGAGAAGCCAGUGGUGUGAGUGGUCCUAGGGUAGCAGAGGGCCACCGUCAAAGAACUCUCUUAGACUUAAAUGACAAGAUUCGAGAUUACACCCCACAGCCACCUGCUUCUCAGGAAGACCAAGCUGAGAACAAUACUGAUCACACCCAGGGAGACUACCCAAAGGACAUCUUUUCCCUGGAGGAGCGAAGGAAAGGUGCCAUCAUUCUCCACGUCAUCGGAAUGAUCUAUAUGUUCAUAGCGUUAGCCAUCGUCUGUGAUGAGUUUUUUGUUCCUUCUCUAACUGUCAUCACUGAAAAACUGGGAAUCUCUGAUGAUGUGGCAGGAGCCACCUUCAUGGCUGCAGGGGGGUCAGCCCCAGAACUUUUCACGUCUCUUAUAGGGGUCUUCAUUGCACACAGCAAUGUUGGCAUUGGCACCAUCGUAGGUUCUGCCGUGUUCAAUAUCCUCUUUGUUAUUGGCAUGUGUGCUCUGUUCUCUAGAGAAAUCUUAAACCUGACCUGGUGGCCGCUCUUUCGGGAUGUGUCCUUCUACAUCGUUGAUUUGAUCAUGUUGAUCAUAUUUUUCCUGGAUAACGUUAUCAUGUGGUGGGAAAGCUUACUCCUCUUAACAGCUUAUUUUGCCUAUGUGGUUUUCAUGAAGUUCAACGUCCAAGUAGAGAGAUGGGUGAAGCAAAUGAUAAAUCGCAAUAAAGUUGUCAAGGUGACAGUACCAGAAGCCCAAGCAAAGCUUUCAGAAUUUCCUCCAGCCUCACAGGCAGAUGAGAGGACAGCUUGCCCUACAAUUACAAAUGACCCUGACUGCCAGAGUCUGUGUUUCGAGGUCUACCCUGAGACAGCCAGGCAUGGGUCCUGCAUAAGGAAUGUGACUGGAGAGCGGCUGACAGAAAAGACCCAGAGCAGCUGUAUGGAAGAGUCUUCUACAUCUGGGGACAAGGAAGAGCCGACUUUACCGGCUAAGCCACGCCUCCAGCGAGGUGGAAGCUCUGCCUCCCUCCACAACAGUCUCAUGAGGAAUAGCAUCUUCCAGCUCAUGAUACACACCCUUGACCCACUCGCUGAAGGGAGGUUCCGAGAAAAAGCUUCAAUUCUCCACAAGAUUGCCAAGAAGAAAUGCCAAGUGGAUGAGAAUGAGAGGCAGAAUGGGGCUGCCAAUCAUGUGGAAAAAAUUGAACUCCCCAACAGCACGAGCACAGAGGUCGAAAUGACACCAUCAAGCGAAGCUUCAGAACCUGUGCAGAAUGGAAACGUCUCCCACAACAUUGAAGCUGCAGAUGCCCCGCAGGCCACAGAGACUGCCGAGGAAGAAGAUGACCAGCCCCUCAGCCUGUCCUGGCCAUCCAACACCCGCAAGCAGGUCACCUUCCUAAUCGUUCUUCCUAUUGUGUUUCCCCUCUGGAUCACCUUACCUGACGUCCGAAAACCUGCUUCCAGGAAGUUCUUCCCUAUCACAUUCUUCGGCUCUAUCACUUGGAUCGCAGUUUUCUCGUACCUGAUGGUGUGGUGGGCACACCAGGUUGGAGAGACAAUCGGCAUUAGUGAAGAGAUCAUGGGUCUGACCAUCUUGGCUGCUGGGACCUCUAUCCCUGAUCUUAUCACCAGUGUCAUAGUGGCCCGAAAGGGCCUGGGGGACAUGGCUGUGUCCAGCUCUGUUGGAAGCAACAUCUUUGACAUCACCGUGGGGCUCCCACUGCCCUGGCUGCUCUACACUAUCAUCCACAGAUUCAAGCCAGUGACUGUCAGCAGCAAUGGCCUCUUCUGUGCCAUCGUCCUUCUCUUCAUCAUGUUGCUUUUUGUCAUUCUCUCCAUCGCCCUCUGCAAAUGGCGGAUGAACAAAAUCCUCGGCUUCAUCAUGUUUGGCCUCUACUUCGUGUUCCUGGUGGUCAGCGUCCUCCUGGAAGACAAAGUUCUCGAGUGCCCUGUCUCCAUCUAG